UGUAGUACACGUGCUCGCGCUCGCGCGCAACACACAACACGCAGAUCACGCACGGCACCCACACAUCACCCACAAGCACGUGUUCCUCCCUCCUUGCCUGCACACACAGACACACACACAGAGAGCACGACACGCUCGCUCGUGUCGUGUGUGUAGUGUGUGGUGUGUGAGCAACACAACGCGGCGUUGUGCGCUCGGCCCGCGUGAGUUUGCCCUGAACGGCGCACACGCGCCACCCGCUCGGGCCGUCUUCUUCGUCUUCUUCGUCUUCCUCCUCCUCUCCGUGUGUGGUGUGUGUCCCGCUCCCGUGUUGGUACGUGCUCGCACGCGGGCAUGACAAGGCGGAGUUGAUGGGCUUAGCGCGAAGCAUGCCGUCCAAGCUGCAGUUCCUUGCGGCGCUCGGCUUGGUGCUCGCCAUGGUGUACCUCGAGAACCAGAUCCAGCGCCUGGAAGAGUCCAAGGGCAAGCUGGAGCGGGCCGUGGCGCUGCACCAGGUGCGAGCCAUAGAGCAGAGGCACACGCAGGAGCUGGCAACGCGCGCCGAGGGUGGCCCCUGGGGAACGGGGGGCCCAGACGACCUCAUCGUGCUCUACAACCGCGUGCCCAAGACGGGCAGCACCUCGUUCACCAACAUCGCGUACGACUUGUGCGCCCGCAACAAGUACCACGUGCUGCACAUCAACACGAGCCGCAACAACCCCGUCAUGUCGCUGCAGGACCAGGCGAGGUUUGUAAAGAACGUAACGGUGUGGAGAAUGAAGCCGGGAUUUUAUCAUGGACACUUGGCGUUCGUUGAUUUCAGCAAGUUCGGCGCCUACAGAAAGCCCAUCUACGUAAACGUGGUGCGCGACCCCAUCGAGCGCCUCGUGUCCUACUACUACUUCCUGCGCUUCGGGGACAACUAUCGGCCCAGCCUGCGGAGGCGCAAGCAAGGGGACAAGAAGACGUUCGACGAGUGCGUGCAAGAGAAGGGCGUCGACUGCGCCCCCGAGAAGCUCUGGCUGCAGAUCCCAUUCUUCUGUGGCCACAGCGCCGAGUGCUGGACGGUGGGCAGCCGCUGGGCUCUGGAGCAGGCGAAGCUGAACCUGGUUAACGAGUACCUCCUGGUGGGGGUCACCGAGGAACUGGAGGACUUCAUCCUCAUCCUGGAGGCCGUGCUGCCGCGCUUCUUCAAGGGAGCCACGGAGCUUUUUAAGAAAGGAACAAAGUCGCAUCUGCGCAAGACGGCGGAAAAGAAGGCGCCGUCGGCAGACGCAGUGCACACGCUGCAGCAGUCGGAGGUGUGGAAGCUGGAGCACGAGUUUUACGAGUUUGCGCUGGAGCAGUUCAGCUUCAUCCGUGCGCACACUGUGCGGGAGAAGGACGGGGAGCUCUAUCCCCUCGCCCAGAACUACUUUUACGAGAAGAUUUACCCCAAGCAGAGCUAGCCGCGCCCGCGAGGGUCGCGGAGGGCCAGCCCCGUGCCGUCCCCCGUGCGUGGCCGCAACGGGAAAUGUUCGGCUCGGCACCGUGCGUCUCCGAGAGAAGACGCAACGGAGCCCUGUUCUCUCUGGUUAAAGCGUCCCGCACAGGAAGGGAGGAGGAGGAAGAAGGGGGGGGGGGGGUGAUUUUGGCGAGCGACUGGAAGAUGGAAGACUUAGUCACAGCAUCGUUUCUGGAUAAUUGUUUUAAAAUGUGAGAGCUUUGGUUUCUUUCAUUUUUUUUGGUCACCUGCUUUUGAGUUGUGUGGGGGUUAUUUCUUUUGUUGUCUCUACCAGUAGCCAACUCGGCUGCCCGCUACCCAACCACUACAAUCGAAGGCUCCUAAAAGGCGACAUUUCGUCGCCCUUGUGAGGAAAAUCCACUCAAGGAUUGUAAAGUUUUCCAGGGACGUGCGUGCAAAUGUCAAGAUCAAUGGUAAAGAAAAGAGAGCAUUGGGGGCAGUCGGGGCCUGCGCUCUGCUCCGCACGCAACAGACGGCAGAACGGUGGAGGGGAAAAAAACUGUUCUUUGAAUAAUGGACGCGCACGCAGCAGCAGCAGCAGCAAAGGGUUGUUUUGUUUUUUGUUUUCUGUCCGGGACCACUCGUGCAUAAUAACUCUUAGACGACGCAUUAUUAUUGUUUUGGAAAUAAAUGUCUCAACGUUGGAUACAUGACGACAGUUUGAAUUAUGUUUAUGUGCGUGUGUGUGCUGUGAUAAUUUAAUGUUUUUUUUUUUAUCAGGGAGACGCUCGCGCACACACGCAAAAUAUAUUCUCAGCUGGCGUGGUGUACAUUUCCUUAAUGAAAAAUCUAGCGAGUAUGGUAAUACUCUUAUGAAAAGAGCAUAUAAAUCAUACCAUUAAUAUUAAUUCACUGGAUAAAACACUGUUUUGAAAAUGAGAGUGUUUUAAAUGGUGUGUGGUGUAUGUUUUGUAUCUAUGAAUCUCACGGUCUGAAAUAGAGUAACAAAGCUUUUUCUUUUUUUGUGUGUUUUUUUGCAAAACACCUGACCCACAACAUUCUCUACGGGUCGGCUUUGUUGUGGGUGAAGAAAUGUGAAGGUCAUCGAGAAUAAAAACGGAAUUUAGCGAUCGUCAUUUUUCAUCCAAAGUUAUUACAUCGUACUGCACUGUCUGCAGAUUUGAGCAUAAGAAUAAUUGCCUUUUUGAAACAUUCGUGAAUUUAUAACAAACAAAAAAACCCCAUCGUAAUUUUGUAUUAAAUGUCAACAAAACGAGGAGUAUAUAUAUAAUGUAGCUGUUGCAAAACUAUUGGGUGAGCCUUUUUUUGUUUUACUAUUUGCGAGAUUAAAAGAAAUGUGACUUUGUUUUGUGUUCCUGCUUUUUGUCCCAGAAGCCGACGGGGGCGCGUUUGAAUUUUGUUUUCAUUCAAAUUGGUUUCAAUGCCUAAAUGGGGCAACACUGGUUUCUUCCUUUCAAUUCUACUGCGCUUUCGUUUCUUAUUUGCUGUAAUGUACCCUAGUUGUUAUUGUCAAAUAGUUUCUGCUCCGUGUGAUAUAUGCUUUUCAGUCUUGCGUGUUUUUAAGUUAGGUCCGAGGUACAGUGUGUGUGUGUGUCUUGCAUUGCUGGUUCAUGGAUGCUACCAAUAGUUUGCACAUCUUAACGGUGUCCUUACCUGCAGAUGCCGCUGGAAUAACAUAAUGGUCGAGAACUGGACUGUUAACCUUUACGCGGUCGAUUUGGCAAGUACAUUUGCCGUGCCACACAGACACGAGCAGAGACCGGUGCACAGCCCAAUCUCGCUGUGCCAGUGCACAAUUCCUGGCGUUUGAUCGAUCCUAUGCCUCGUCAACGCAGAAGAGUGGCUGAAAUCGGGUGGUCGCUAACUGCCAUCGAUUUGUUGGCCCAUAUACAAAGUUAAAUUUAAAAAAUGUCUUAAAAAAAGAGAGUUGUUUUUAUUUUGAUGUCAAAAGAUCUGAUAUUUUCUACGAUUCAGGUAAGCUUCAUUUUGCUGUAAUUUAAUUUGUCCGUGUUAUAUAAGCGUGAAUCGAUGGCCAGCAAAACCCCACGUGAAUUACAAUAACUACGACGUAUAAAACAUUAAUUUAAUCUAAGACUUUAAUGAUGGGCCCGCAAUGUUGAAAACAGUUUUAUCUUUGUGUCAACGUUCAUUUGAUUCUGUUUGUAUUUUUGCAAAUUUUCAAGCAAAUGUUCAAUCGUAUUUUACACAAUAAUAGUAACAUCAGCCAUUUGUCAAUCUCCUGCUGGAUGAAGGCCGCCGCAUGCCAAUCGGUUCAUACGACCUGCUAGAGCAGGCAUCAGAACUAAGAAAAUAUUACGGACUGAAAAUCAUUAAGAGAUAUUGGGCAUUGCACCAAGAGACAGAAAAGCAGAUAGAUCAGAUAACGAGAGCAAAUUUGGGAGAUGUCAUUUUAACUUAAGCGAAGAUACGUGGGCUCUGGAAAUACGCCACGAGAAUGGAUGAUGGCCCAACGAGACUAGUGAUGGAAUGACAGCCAAGGGAGAGAGAGGGAAAAAAAAACACUGAACAGGUUGAUCACUGGGGAGAUGGGAGUGAGUCGAUGAGCUCUUGUGCGGGAGCAAGACGGAUUGUGGCGUCACAGGACUGGAGGGAUGGCAUAGGUUGUGGGGGGAAGCCUUCAUCCAUCAGUGGGUAUGCAAUGUCUGAUGAUGAGUAACAUCAUAAACAAAAACGUGCGCGUCAUUAAAAGUUGCUUCGUCGUGGUGGGUUUCCAUUGUGAUUGAAUUAAAAUCUUUUUUUAAUUAAUCUUGAAACACGCUGUUUAACAAUAACAAAAUAAUAACAAUACAGUUAUUGGAUGUUUACCGUUGUUGGUUUGGUGUAAAAUCACAUGAAAUGUUCUAUUUUUCAUGUUUUGUAUAUAAAAUAAAGAAGUGUGGUGAUAUUU